CUCUUGUACACAAAACCGGGACCCCGGAUCGUCUGCACCCAAACCCGCCCCAUCGAUGCACACCUGCAUAUAAGUGAUUGAGCGUCUCUCUGCUAAAAUUGUAAAGCUUCCACUCAAAUCAAUGGUUUAUCCUUAUCUUCUUUCUGAGAUAUGAAAAUGUAAUGUUCUGAGCAGAGCAUGCAAGGACCAAUAUUAUUGUUUAACAAACGGUCGCUGUCAAACGGCAUAUGGUUGUACUGUAUAGUUUACAUUUAAUACAGUUGAAACGAAUUGCCAGUUCACUUUCCCACUCGUGAGCACCAGUACACUGCAAAAAAACAGUUGAAACUAACUUUGAAUAAUUAGUAUAGGAACGUUGACAAACUAUAUAGUGACGUUGAAAUGUGCGUUCCUUGCCAGCAAAUGCAAGCUAGUAGCUCAAACACUAACUCGCCACAUACUGCUCCUGUACACCCCGACAACAACAACACGACGACCAAUGGAGACCACCACCACCACCGGGGCCUUGUUGUCCCAACACAUACCGGCUACGACCGUCUCAGCCCGGCGCUUCGAGCCCCACACCAGCCCGAUGUCAUCAUCGGACAUCUCCUUCAGAAGCGAGAAUGUCCGGACUCAAACACCCCAGAAACUGAUGCUGAACACCGCUUGAGUCGGCUCACCCUCGCUAGACUCAAAGUCGACUCUUUCCUUGAUACCCACUGGGGUUGGGUUUUGAGUGUUUCAACAUUCUUGAUGUUUUUCAUGAUUGUUGGAUGGGUUGGCUGUUACAGUGUGUUAUUCAUCAGUCUUCAGGAUGAAUUUGGCCGAAGUGCUACAGAAACAGGCUGGGUCGGAAACCUCCUGUAUAUUGUUGGCAGCUUGAGCAGCCCGUUGACGGACUGUUUCCUUCGGAAGCUCUCUAACCGGACGACUUGCAUCAUCGGUAUCAUCACUUGCUCAGCGUCUUUGGUUUCGUCUUCGUUCGCUCCUCAGCUCUUCUACCUCUACUUCACAUUGAGCCUGCUCUACGGUGUCGGAUGGAACCUCAUCUUCAAGGGGAGUAUGGAUCUGCUCAUGAGGUACUUUCCGGGCAACAACUGUAUGCGUGCCACUUCCUUUGUUCUGAUGGGUUCUACUGUUGGCCUCUUCUGCUGGACACCCAUCAUUACCAAGCUCCUUGAUGUAGUGGGCUGGAGGAUAGCCUGCCGCAUCAGCUCUGGUCUCAUUCUCCUGCUCUGCCUCUUCUUCGCCCUACCCAUGAAAUCUCCACCCCACGACAACAAAAAGUCCUCUGCACCAAAAGACGACACUCCACAUCCACAUCUUAAAAACUCGCUCAAGAAACCAAGAAAGCUGAAAGAUGAGAUUGUGUGGAUACCACAGAAAGAAAAGAGCAUGCUCCGAAUGCCAGAGGCCUGGUUGUUUGGUUUAGCCAGUUUGGCUCCAGCUAUAGGCAUGGGCUUUUUCAACGUGAACCUUGUGAGUUAUAUCACCAGUUUGGGCCAUUCUAGCCACCAUGGUUCAAUGGUGGUUACCAUAACAGCAGCUUCCGAGACCGGCUCCAAGCUUCUCUUUGCUAUUAUCGGUGACAAAUUGCCUUUCCAAAAAGUGCACUUGAUCACCGGUAUUAGCUUGAUCUCCACUUUGAUAACGCUGACCUGUGCAUUUGUAUCAUCUUUCCCUCUUGUCUGUGUAGUUGCUGUAGGAAUCGGUUUUGUGAAGGCAAGUAUGAACACCUUGCCAUUUCCUGUUGGCAUGGAGAUAUUUGGACCUCGCAAGGCCAGCCAAUCGUCGACUCUAAUUCUUUUCUCAGCAGGAGUUGGAACUCUUGUCGGUGGCUUUAUUAUCGGCAGUGCAUACGAUGCCUCCAACUCUUACAAUAUCUCGAUCUACGUCUGCACGGGCUUCUUCCUCCUGACCAGCGGUGCGUUCCUCCUUAUCCCAUUGACUGCCAAAAUCUACAAGGUCAUCGGGGUCAAGGUCAAGGUGGAUGAGGUCACUGGGACGGCUGAGAUGGUCCCGGUAGUGGAAGAUGAAGACUUUAUCAUCGAGGAGAUUGUCACAACCGUAUGAGGUCGGAGAAAAUUUGAAGCGACUGGUUGAAAGAAAAAUGAAAACAGAGACAUGAUAGAGUUUCGAGGGAAACUGUCUACACAAAUAAUGAAAUAAAAAAAACCUCAACGAAAUAUUAUAUAAGUGAAGUGGGAUUUUGAGCUGCCAUAUUUUGUCACACAAAGCAUCAA